AUGAGCAGGCGACAAUCUCGUAUAUCAAUCGACACAAGACAGAAUGACACCCUCCUCGAGUUCGAGAACUUCAAGAAGAAGUUUCUGCUUGCCAACAAGCACAUCACUAAAUUGAACUCAACACUGAGCGUCCGCAUUGAGGAACUCAACGCCCAGAUAUCCACGCUUUACGUCGAGAACCUCCGGCUCCGCGCAUCCGAGAUUGCGCUGGCCUCGCAACUCAAGAAAGAGCGGGAGAAAUCCAGAAAGAUAAUCACCGACACUGAGGCUGCAACACAUAGCUUCAUCAAACACCUCUCCCACAUCCGCAAGACCUUCCACGUCCCGCACGGGAGACCAUCCGACUCUGAAGACUCGCAACCACCGCCACCCCGAGCCAAACGACCUGUCAUCAACCCUGAUGCAUCGCCCGCGCCGAACCGCCUCGCUAAGGCACCGACUGUCCCUGGUAUAGUCGAAGACGACGAGACCAACGUGUCCUCACCAGAAGACCCUGACGCAGACGUUGAGGAGGAGGACCCUCCGCCGGUGAAGCGGAAGAAGGCCAAGUCGCGGCCAUCUGAUUCUCGACUACCCUUGCCCACUCAGGCCAUACCUCCACUACCAGACGCGGACGUGCGACAGAUCGAAUUUGAGGAACAGCUCAACAAGGAGACAGAGUGGGCUCUCACAAGCGUGUCGAUCACUACCGUCACGCCGAGUGGCUUCAGCACCGAACUCAUGCCGCCGCGACCGCCGAGUCCCGCCUUUGGGUCGCCGAUCAGGAGAGCAGUAGGACUCGCGGAGGAGGCGGACGAGCGACGGGCUGUGAAUGGCGACGAGGAUGAUGAUGAUGAUGAAGUGGAGGUGAUACUGCAGGGCGUGACCAAACGCGAUAAAGAAAAGGAGCGGAAGAGGGAGCGGACGGUAGAGAAGGAUCGAGACAAAGAGAGACAUUCUUCGAGCAACAGUGAGCGGACAAAGGAGCGAGAGCAUCGGGAGCGCCAACCUACACCGGACGAUGAUGUACCGUUGGCCAGCACGUCGAGUCAAACGAACUCUGCCACUCGCGCACGCGAUGGUGUGGCUACCCCCGCACCGAAGCCUCGUUCGCACCCCGCCCCUGUCCUUCCUGCCUCUCGAGCUUCCAGCCCUCAACCACCUCCUGCUCCCCCAGAAGCAGAAGCCCCCGGUGGCCGUGAAAAGCGUGUGAGGAAGAGCGUGAACUACGCAGAGCCCAAACUCAACACGAAAAUGAGGAAGCCGGACCCACAGCCUCUGACCAGCACUAAGCGCAUGUCUACUUCCUCUAUGGAGGGUAUCCGAUCACGGGCUUCCUCGGCGGAAGCACCAUCGGAAGCACCGUCUGCAAUCGGCGACGAACUACCCUCUGGCACGGCGCAAGUUCCCGUAGUGUCCGGCGCUACUGUCAAGAGAAAGAAGUCCCGAGUGUACGUGCUUCCAGACGACGGCGAAGAGAGCGAGGGCACGCAGGCGGACGCCGAGUUCGGUAACCUCGCGAGCUGGGUGAAUGUCGACGGCAGGCGACGCAGCAUCCAGAGCGCCUCAAGUAGUCGGCGUGUCGAGGGCGACGAUGCACGAAGACAUAGCAUGGCUGUUUAG